UUUCACUUGUGGUUACAGCCCGACAGAGGAUUUUAGUCAUUUGGAUCCACCUCGUGUUUCUCGCUGGAAAUCAGGAGCUCUGGGUAUGUUGCCUGCAGCCUCCCCCAAAGGUCUUUUCUGAGCGGCCUGUGACCCAGCUUUUCAACACUUAAUGAACUAGAUGACUUGACUACGAUGAGGAAAAAUCAUGACAGAAAAUCUGGUUUGUACCGGGGCCGUCAAUGCUGUAAAGGAAGUCUGGGAAGAAAGGAUAAAGAAACACAAUGAAGAUGUGAAACGAGAGAAGGACUUUCAGCACAAGCUGGUGCGCAUCUGGGAAGACCGGGUAAGCUUAACCAAGCUGAAAGAAAAGGUCACCAGGGAAGAUGGAAGAGUCAUCUUGAAGAUAGAGAAAGAAGAGUGGAAGACUCUCCCUUCUUCUUUACUGAAACUGAAUCACCUACAAGAAUGGCAACUUCAUAGGACGGGUUUGUUGAAAAUUCCUGAAUUCAUUGGAAGAUUCCAGAAUCUCAUUGUGCUAGAUUUAUCUCGAAACACAAUUUCUGAGAUCCCCCAAGGGAUUGGACUGCUCACCAGGCUGCAGGAACUGAUUCUUAGCUACAACAAAAUCAAGGCCGUCCCCAAAGAGCUGAGCAACUGUGCCAGCUUGGAGAAGCUAGAACUGGCUGUGAACAGAGAUCUCAGUGACCUCCCUCCAGAGCUCAGCAAACUGCUAAAACUCACCCACCUUGAUCUGAGUAUGAACCACUUCACUACAAUCCCUCUGGCUGUGUUGAACAUGCCUGCCCUUGAGUGGCUGGAUAUGGGAAGUAACAGCCUUCAACAACUCCCUGACAGCCUAGAAAGAAUGCAAAGUUUACACACAUUGUGGCUGCAGAGGAAUGAAAUAGCUUGCCUGCCGGAAACAAUCAGAAAUAUGAAAAACUUGGGGACUCUUGUUCUCAGUAACAAUAAGCUGCAAGAUAUUCCAGGCUGCAUGGAAGAGAUGGCAAAUCUGAGGUUUGUCAACUUUCGAGACAACCCGCUGAGACUGGAAGUGACCCUCCCUCCCAGUGACAUCACAGAAGGAGAGGAGGAAAGGGAGCUGUUUGGACUUCAGUUCAUGCACGCAUAUAUACAAGAGUCACGGAGAACAGGCCAGAAGAGGGCACCAGACCUCAUUACAGAUGGUUGUGAGCCACCAUGUGGUUGCCGGGAAUUGAACUCAGGACCUUUGGAAGAGCAGAUGACCAAGUUAAGUGACUCAGAUGCCAGUCCCUCUACACAUUCUGAUGGAUAA